AUGCGUAUUGUGCCCAUUAUUCGUCGCCUUUCGAUCGCUCGUGCCUUUCGAUCGCAUGUGGUGCCUCGUGCUGCUGCUCCUUUUGUUUUGAAUCCCGUUCAUUUCACUCGUCCAUCUCUUCAAUUCACGUCCAUACGCUCCUUUGCGACCGAUGAUGACAAUGAUUUAUUUCUUGAAGAUGAGGAAGAUGAUUCUUUUGUGCAGUACCCCCCCUUAAAUGGAGAGAUUACGGACGUGUCAUUGGACAUGUAUCGUGGUCAGUACGUGGUACUGUUCUUUUACCCAAAGGACUUUACGUACGUGUGCCCCACUGAGAUCAUUGCAUUCAAUGACCGGGCAGAGGAAUUUAAAGCACUUAAUACGCAGCUGAUUGCUGCGUCCUGUGACUCACCCGAGAGUCACUUGGCCUGGACACGUCUGCCUCGUAACAAGGGGGGAUUGGGGAAGAUGGACAUUCCCAUUGUUUCGGACAUUACUAAAGCGCUGCAGUUUGUUGAGGAGCACGGAGAGGUAUGCCCUGCCAACUGGCAGCCCGGUGAAAAGACCAUCAAUGCCAACCCGACGGGGAGCCACGUUUACUUUUCAUCGGUCAAGGAAAUUGGUGAGGACGACGAUGGAGAAGACGAUGAUGUUGCUGUUUUGACGCUGGUGAAAACCAAAGCUCAGUUCCAGGAGCUGAUCAAGAGCGGUAAGCCUGUUGUGGCUGACUUUAUGGCUCCGUGGUGCGGCAAAUGUGCGCAGAUCGAGCCAACUGUGGUAAGCCUGGCCGAGGCUUACCCGGAGGUGACGUUUGCGAAAAUGGAUGUUUCAAUCCCCGAAGUGGAAAAGCUGAAGGAUGAGCUUAAGGUCGGUGCAUACCCGGAGUUCCGCUUCUUUAAGGAUGGCAAAGAGGUCCACGAGAAGAUCUCAGGCUACAAGAAGUCUUUGCUGAAGAAGGCUGUGCAGAAGCUGCUCUGA